GUCGCCAUGCGCCUCCGCCGCCUAGCGCUGUUCCCGGGCCUGGCGCUGCUCCUCGCCGCGGCCCGCCUCGCUGCUGCCUCCGAUGUGCUGGAACUCACGGACGACAACUUCGAGAGUCGCAUCACCGACACCGGCUCUUCUGGCCUCAUGCUCGUCGAGUUCUUCGCCCCCUGGUGUGGACACUGCAAAAAGCUUGCCCCAGAGUAUGAAGCUGCAGCUACCAGAUUAAAAGGAAUAGUCCCAUUAGCAAAGGUGGAUUGUACUGCCAACACGAACACCUGUAAUAAGUAUGGAGUGAGUGGGUAUCCAACCCUGAAGAUAUUUAGAGAUGGUGAAGAAUCAGGUGCCUAUGAUGGGCCUAGGACUGCCGAUGGAAUUGUCAGCCACCUGAAGAAACAGGCUGGACCAGCUUCAGUUCCUCUCAAGUCUGAGGAAGAAUUUGAAAAGUUCAUUAAUGAUAAAGAUGCUUCUGUGGUGGGUUUUUUCAAGGAUUUAUUCAGUGAAGCUCACUCUGAGUUUCUAAAAGCAGCCAGCAACUUGAGGGAUAACUACCGGUUUGCACACACCAAUAUUGAAUCUCUGGUGAACAAAUACGAUGAUGAUGGAGAGGGUAUCACCUUGUUUCGUCCUUCCCAUCUGACGAACAAGUUUGAAGACAGGACUGUGUCAUAUACAGAACAGAAAAUGACCAGUGGGAAGAUUAAAAGAUUUAUUCAGGAAAACAUUUUUGGUAUCUGCCCUCACAUGACAGAAGACAAUAAAGAUUUACUACAGGGCAAGGAUUUACUUAUCGCUUACUAUGAUGUGGACUACGAAAAGAACGCUAAAGGUUCCAACUACUGGAGAAACAGAGUGAUGAUGGUGGCAAAGAAAUUCCUGGAUGCUGGAAAGAAACUCCAUUUUGCUGUAGCUAGCCGCAAAACCUUUAGCCAUGAACUUUCAGAUUUUGGCUUGGAAAGCACUACUGGAGAGAUUCCUGUUGUUGCUGUCAGAACCGCAAAAGGAGAGAAGUUUGUCAUGCAGGAGGAGUUCUCGCGUGAUGGCAAGGCUCUCGAGAGAUUCCUGGAGGAUUACUUUGAUGGCAACCUGAAGAGAUACCUGAAGUCUGAGCCUAUCCCAGAGAGCAAUGAUGGGCCUGUAAAGGUAGUGGUAGCAGAGAAUUUUGAUGAAAUAGUGAAUAAUGAAGAUAAAGAUGUGCUGAUUGAGUUUUAUGCUCCUUGGUGUGGUCACUGUAAGAAUCUGGAGCCUAAGUAUAAAGAACUGGGAGAGAAGCUCAGAAAAGAUCCAAAUAUUGUCAUAGCCAAGAUGGAUGCUACAGCCAACGAUGUGCCUUCUCCAUAUGAAGUCAGAGGUUUUCCUACCAUCUACUUCUCUCCAGCCAACAAGAAGCAGAAUCCAAAGAAAUAUGAAGGUGGCCGUGAAUUAAGUGAUUUUAUUAGCUAUCUAAAGCGAGAGGCUACAAACCCCCCUGUAAUUCAAGAAGAAAAACCCAAGAAGAAGAAGAAGGCACAGGAGGAUCUCUAAAGCAGCAGCCAAACAUCAUACCACUCUGUCAAAGGACUUUUCCACCAGAGAUGGGAAAACCAAUGGG